AUGGCGUUCGAUGGUAUAACCAUCCUACUUCUUACCAUGUACAUUGUUAUGACCGUCGCCUUCAUCGGCCUCUUCACGUUUAUGCUACUGAGAAUCAAGGCCGAGCGAGCAGAAUUCGACCGCCGGCUACAACACAUCGUGUCUGACAACGACCUAGUUGAGGUUUCCGAGAGUGUCUAUAGACAGGGCCAGGCUACUGAAGCGGUGCCUAGCCAAGCAGAGAGACAGGCCUGA